GCCGACGAAAAUUUAAAUGCUAUGUUGAAACUCUGAUGCUACCAUAUCAAACACAGAUUCAUAUAUUACGGGGAAGGAGCUAUCAUUUCGCGAUUCACAUUGCACAAAGUAAACAUAUAUAAAUGAAAAAAAAGAAAAAAGAAAAUAACGACGAAGUACGGACCAAUCGAUCGCCAUUGAAGGGCGUUCUUCAUGCGCUCUUUCUUCCUAAUCAUCUCUCUACUUAAAACCCUAGUUCACUUCUCCUUCUUCAUUCCGAUCCUCUUUGCGCAUUGUCUCUGAUUUAGCGAUGGCAGAUCUCGGUUCCAAGGCGGAGAUUUCAUUCUUUGGAACAUUCGUUUGCAGCGCCUUCGCAGCUUGUUUCGCCGAGCUAUGUACUCUUCCUUUAGACACUGCUAAAGUUAGGCUUCAACUCCAAAAGAAAGUAGCUAUUGGGGACGAAGUGGCUGUUCCGAAAUAUCGGGGCAUGCUGAGUACUAUUGCAACUAUUGCUAGGGAAGAAGGGUUAUCAGCACUUUGGAAAGGCAUCAUACCUGGAUUACAUCGCCAGUGUCUUUAUGGAGGUUUAAGAAUUGGCUUGUAUGAUUUUGUCAAGUCUGUUUUUGUUAGCAGUGACUUUGUUGGAACUGUUCCUUUGUUCCAAAAGAUUCUUGCUGCUCUAACUGCUGGUGCUCUAGCUAUAGCAGUGGCUAAUCCAACUGAUUUGGUAAAAGUUCGACUCCAAAUUGAAGGAAGAUUGCCAGUGGGGUUGCCAAGGCAUUAUUCAGGAGCUUUGAGUGCUUAUUAUACAAUAGUUAGACAGGAAGGACUUGGAGCCCUGUGGACUGGGCUUGGGCCUAAUAUUGCACGAAAUGCUAUUAUAAAUGCUGCUGAACUAGCCAGUUAUGAUCAAAUAAAGCAGACAAUUUUGAAAAUUCCAGGGUUUACAGAUGGUAUUUUUACUCAUCUCAUAGCAGGCCUUGGUGCGGGUUUCUUUGCAGUCUGUAUUGGUUCCCCCGUCGAUGUGGUGAAGUCUAGGAUGAUGGGUGAUUCAACCUACAAGAGCACUUUGGAUUGUUUCUUCAAGACUUUGCGGAAUGAGGGACCUUUCGCUUUCUACAAGGGGUUCUUUCCAAAUUUUGUCCGAUUAGGAUCAUGGAAUGUGAUAAUGUUUCUCUCUCUUGAGCAAGCAAAGAAAUUCUUGAGGGGGGAAAUAUGAAAUCUAUUUUCUUGAAUUUGGGUUUCUGCAAAGCAGUAGGAAGACUACAGCCUCUGCUUGGAAUCUUCAACUGGUUGGUGAUUUUAUUUGAAACUCAACCAAGGUUCCCACUGCUGUUGUGUUGUAUUUGUAUGUCUUCCCCCAUUCUCUCUCAUUGAUUGUAUUAUUAUUUUUUCCUACCGUCAUUGAAACACUACUAUACAUUGAAACACUACUAUACGAGUAAUGAAUUCAAUAUAUACUAAAAAAUGAAAAUAUUUCCUA